AUGUCUUCUCCAACCGAUGAUAAUGACGACGAUAGUUUUUUCGAGGCUUUGACAAAGGCAGAAUUCGGAUUGGUGCCUGUCCUACAACCUACACAGCAAACUACUUCUAUUGCACCUAUCGAAGGUGUUUCAUUGAACGCCUCGCAAAGCAUUAAGAACGAUAUCUAUCGAGCAGAUGGUGAGAUCAAGAUCUUGAGAGCUCAAUUGGACGAAGUACGCAGUAAAAAGGAUAUCGAGAUUGCCCGCUUACGGGAACAAGUUGACUCACUAAAACAUGAUCAUAGUAAUCUAGUGGCUGGAUUGAGGGGGAUGGUGGAUAAACUUGAAGACGAGAAGAAGUUUUUGAAUAACGAAUUGAAAUCUUUGUUUCUGACGUCCAAAAGACGUAAAGUGGUCGACACUCAAGGUAACGAUAAUGUUUAUUCAUCAAAGCCCAUUGGUGGCGAAAGUCUGAUGAUUGUUGGGUCCAUGGCCUCACCAGCAUCAUUAUCAUCAUCAUCUCCAUCGUCUUCUGCAGCCACGACGUUUUCAGGAGCUAUGUUUUCUCUCAAAAGACAUAAGAAGUCUAAUGACCAAACAUGGCUCUUUAUCGAUGAGAUUACUGCUAGUUCGAUUAAUGGAUGUCAAAGGACUAAUUUAGAACUUUUGCUGAAGAUUUACAUUGAAUCUUCAUUCAUAUCUGAAAUCGAUACGUUUGAAGUGACUCCCAAAAGUCCUUUAUCGAGUACUAUUAUCAAAUAUUUGAUGAACAAUAAAGAGAUUCGUUUGGACGUUUUAGUGGAAGAUUUUUGUCAUAACUUGAUGAAGUUAAUAUCCCAUUUGAUUGCCAACCAUAACCACACAGCUUCUCUUCCAUUUCUUCUUUCGUUAGUUCAUACUUGUAUUGGGUUUCGACCCAAUGCUGUCAGUUCAGAGCUUAUUCUAUGGUUAACAGAAAGGCUAAUAGCUACUCUUGUGGGCCAAAUGAAUUUACUUGAAGAAGGAGAAGAUAUCCAAAUAGGGUACUUUGAUAUUCCUGAUCAGCAACUAAUGUUUAAGAAACUAUAUAUAAUCUGUGCCAUGGAUACAAUGGAAAAGUUAACGGUAUUGGCUAGUUCCAAAAACUUUAGUAUAUGGCAUUUAAUACCCACAGAUUUGUUUAGGCAAUGCUUGCCUGACAAUACCAAUACCUUUGUUGGUGUUGCUCAAAUUAAUUUGGUCUACAAUGUGGUAGUAAUGUUGCAAUCUUCAGCAGGACCAGAUUCUUUUGCUUAUCAGUCGUCAUCGACCAAGAAUGACCAGAGCUCAACUGAACCCAUUACAACAGAAGCUGGAGUUUCGUCUAAAGAAGUCAUUAAUUCAUUAUUAAAGACUUUUCUAAUGGAUAUUGGAAUUAAACAAGAGUUUGCUUUUUAUGGUUUGAAUAGACUCUUGGGGAACAACUGUGAUCUUUCAUAUAUUGAACAAGCCAUCCCCACUACCACCAACAUUUUAGGUCAAAGCAUGGUUGCUAAUCCUGACCCGAUUAGAAGAGAGAAAUGGCAAGUGACCCCCUUAAUGAAAUUAAAACAUGAGGAGCAUUUGUUAAAUCUUCGACUCCUGAUAUCAAAUUUACUAGAGUAUUAUGUUACUGUUAACCCUGCCAUGUUCAUGAAUGGGUUGAAUUACGAAGAGGUUAUCAAGGCAAUUAUAAGAGUGAUGGGAUACGAACAGAAUAAUAUUAUGACAUGUCCUCGAGAUCGAUACAUUCAUUUGAGAUUGAAGAUCAUUGCAUCUUUGAUAGUGAUAUUAUAUCAUAUGGUUUUCCAUAAGCGGUCCAAUGAUAUAAUUUAUCCUGAAACAAUGUAUGAGAUCUUUGUUGUAUUAACAAGGAUUUCAUUUAGUAAUGAAUCUUUAAUGGUAAAAGCCACUGAAUUUCUUGAACGAGUUAGGAAAUUACUGGUGACCAUUCCCAUAUUCAAUCAAUGGUGUGAACAACAUGCACGAGAAUUGAACCAUAUUGAUGUUUCCUCACCAAUUGCCAUGAAGAAAAGUACCACAACGUUAAAUAUAAAUGGAGAUGCUAAAAAGACUGCCUCCGUGGAAAGUGAGUAUGCCAAUGGAAUUGAGUUCCCUUACGAAACUGAGACGGUUGAAUUGGCAAGAGAUGUACUCAAUAGUUUUGUUGAUACAGUUGAAGCGGAUAAUUUGUACUAUAAUAUGAAUUGUGAGGAAGAAGGACGAGAUAUUCCAAUGGAUAUAGAUGAACUCGUUCAAGAAACAUACUAG